AUGGAGGGCAUUGCGAUAGGUGCCCUCUUCAAUAGCAUCUUGCCCAAGCUUCUGCAAAAGAUUAAAGACUCCAAGCGAGAGAAGAUUGCCAUCAGUCGUAGCAUUGACGAUUUCCAGAGGGAGGCUGAAGUGGUGCAGUCUCAACUUGAAGAUGGCUACUCCCAGUCCGAGUAUGAAGGCAAAGCCAAGCUGAUGGGGAUCGACCGACGACUCAAAGUCUUGUGUCAAGAUACACAUGACUGUAUACACCGGUUCCUGCGCAAGGGAUCUAUGGAGAGCUGCGCCGAGUUAGCGGCCAAGAUCCAAGGAUUCAACGACAACGUCCACAAGCUACACGAUGAAGCCCGAGAGUGCAUCACUUCAUUGAAAGCAUCGGCCAAGCCUUCUUAUCCGUAUGUUCCUCCCGACAAGGUAGUGGACAGGCUUGAACGCCUCGCUGAGCUGCAGGAUCUUGUACAGCUACCCAGCAGCCAAGAUGCGCCCAAGGUGAUCUCCAUCCUUGGCUUUGAUGGCCUAGGCAAAACUAUUCUUGCCAGAAAAUUCUAUGAUAGCACCCAAGCCCACGCGAAAUUCCAUCAUCAGGCCUGGGUUACUGCGGCUGGCACCCAUGAGGAGCUUGUCCACAAAAUACUCAAGCAGAUUGACGUUGAAGGAGACCAUGGCCAUGUCGAGGACCUCUAUGGCCUCUGCGACAGACUGCGGGAUUUCCUAAAGGGCAAAGAGUACCUAAUUGUAAUUGAUGACAUGAAGAGGUGUGAGCUAUGGAACGGCAUAAAACAUGCCUUCGAUGAUGUGAAGGGCAUAGUCCUCGUGACGACGACCAUUCAGGCAGUAGCUAAUACUUGCAGCCAAUGCAUUAACGGUUAUGUGUACAAGCUGUCACCCCUUGAUGAACAUGAGUCUUUAGACCUGUUCGAGACAGCGUGUAGUAAUGGGGAUUCUGGUCAUGCGGCAGAAAUAUUGAAGAAAUGUGGUGGUCUACCACUUGCUAUACUCAACGUGGCCAAUUAUUUGCAGCGUGAGGAUGUGUUGUCAAGCGCUGGAUGUAAAGCUGCUUGUAGGGAUCUUGGUGCUCUUCUGGUGCAAGACAAUGGGUCCAAUUUACCAGGAAUGCAACAAGUGCUUAUGAAUAAAUACACCGGUCUGCCUAGUUGUGCUAUCAGAUCCUGCUUGCUAUAUUUUUGCAUGUACAAGCUAAACAUGGAUGCACUCCCCAAGAGGAAUUCUCUGAUAAGGCGAUGGCAAGCGGAAGGAUUUGUUGAUGGAAAAACCGGAUCUGAAUAUUUGAAGACCCUCAUCAACCGCAACAUCAUUCAGACCAUGGAGGUAAACACAGACGGAACUACAAAGAGAUGCCGACCUCCUGGAAUGAUGGCCGAGUACAUUUCUGAGAUUUCCAAGUCCGAGAAUUUUGCUGCUUUGGUGUCUGAUCUAGAAGAGACGCGAAAGCACCGCAUCCGCCGGCUUUCUUUCGAUGAUGGCAGUGCUGCAGAUGACAGAAGAAUUUCAGGCAUGGAUUUUAGUAUUGUUCUAACUCUGGCAAUUUCAGGAAUUGGAUCUGAAGCUAUUCUGAAUUUUGAGAAGUAUGAGCUACUGGCAGUUUUGGAUCUGAAAGAAUGUACAAGUAUCAAUGAUAAUCAUGUCGAAGCUAUAUGCAUGCUGCUUCUGCUGAAAUAUUUGAGCCUAGGGAAGACUAUAGGGAAGAUACCAAGGGCCAUUGGUAAACUAGAGCUGUUAGAGAUGCUCGAGAUGAGGACGACUGAAACAGUAUUAGUGCAUAGAGAAGUCCUCCAGCUACCCAACUUAAAACACCUCAUUGGAAAGUUUCAUCUCAUCUACAAGCGACCGAUUGAGGUCGAAAUUUCCAAGGAUGAGCGCCUGAAGAAGUUCUUGUCAAAUAAGAGUGUCCUAGAGACGGUUACGGCAUAUGUCAGUCGAACUGCCAAAGGAUUUCCGGAGCCGAUGCUUCAUAUGAUGCAGUUGAGGAAGGUUAAAAUAGUUUGCACUUACGAAGCAGAUGACACGGACAAGGAAGUUCUUACAACAGCGAUCAAGAAAUUCAUUCAUAGAGGCACGAACAAUGUUAUUUGUGGCCACAGCCAUUCCCUAUCAAUAAACUUCUAUAAAUGCACGUCCAUCGUUCAUGAAUGUCUAUUAGGUCCCGGCAGUCUUACCUCGCUCAAAUUGCGUGGUGAUUGGAGACCAUUUCUCGGUGCCAAUCCAGAUUUUACAAACAUAUCUGGUAUUACCAAGAUGUGUCUUUCACACACUUAUCUGAGCGGGAAUAAAGUCCUUGCCGGUCUGACAGGUUUGAUAGCACUGGAAUAUCUGAAACUGGAAGAAGAAGAUAUGGGGUCCCUUGAGAUAGAACCCGAAACUUUCCAAAAGCUGACAGGGUUAUGCCUUGUGGGCGAAAAAAGCCUUUACGGCAUAACAAUCAAGCCUAGAGCUCUGCCCCGACUUGUCUCACUUCACCUGAUCUGUCAAGUUAUAGAUAGGACAGUCCAACUUUUGGAUGGAAGACUUGAACGUCUGCGGGAAAUCGCACUCCACUCCGGAGUUGCACCAGAAAUAAAAGAAGCCUGGAAAAAAGCUGCAAAGCUCCAUCCUAACAGGCCCGAAGUUGUUUUCAUUCACAAGGCAUAA